UAUUUAAAACACUUCAGUGCAAAUUCAUCUUCUCGAGAAUAAUUCGCAAUUGGAUUACAUAUGCAUGAGCAAUAUCUCUUUCUAAAUGGAAGGUACCACUUCAUGAAAAAGAACAACUGUCAGUCUGUAGAUAACAUUUGACAUGGAUGAUUUGAAAUAUGUCGGAUAUCAAGAUCUCCAAUGGGCGAUGAAACUAAAUCGUAUUAUCUUAGAUUUCAUUGGACUUUGGCCUAAAGCCGCACAAAACUCUCGACAGAAGUUACUAUGCAAUUUUCGAGUACUCAUAGUUUUCUUGGCGGUAACGUGUGGUGUUCUGAUUCCUUCCAUACAUUCAUUAAUAAGAAUUUAUGGAGACGUCAUGUUAAUGUUAGACAAUUUACAAUUUACUUUACCAGCUAUAAGCUGUUCGAUAAGAAUCGUGAUUUUUUGGUGGAAGAAGGAAGCUAUCAUACCUAUCAUGAAUAUGAUCUCGGAGGAUUGGAUAAAAUCGAAAAAUGCGCAAGAUAGAAACGUUAUGAUUAAACGAGCGCAGACUGCACGCAUUAUUAUUACUUGUGCGUACUGUAUAAUGGGAGUAGCGUGCUUCUUUAUUAUUAUUCUUCCGAGCUUUGGAAUAUCAUUGAGAUUGACGCCCAAUAUUACUGAUCCUGGCAGACCAAUGCCUAUACAAACGCAUUAUAUUUAUGAUGUAACUAAAAGACCGCAAUACGAACUAACGUUUAUUAGUCAAUCUAUUUACAUUCUUCUUGCUAUCAUGUCUUAUACUGGAAUCGAUAAUUUUCUCGGGCUACUAACUUUCCAUAUAUGUGGCCAAUUAGACAUUCUUCACAAUCGUUUAACACAUUUGGAUAAAUAUACCAAUUCUUACGGUAUGCUAAAAAGCUGCGUGAUAAAACACAUGCGUUUACUUAGUGCCAUUGACAUUAUUGAAGAUACAUAUAACAUAACACUUCUGGCAUUAUUUGUAUACUUUGCAAUACUCUUUGCUUUUUAUGGUUUUCGAAUAAUUAAUCUAUUUGAUGAAGAAAAUGAUUUAUCUGUCACUCAUUUGGUAUAUUUUAUAUCCAACGUUUUCAAUAUAUUUAUGCACAUGUGCUUAUAUUGUGUCCUAGGAGAAAUUUUGAUGGCUCGGUGUAGUGACAUAUAUUAUGCAGCAUAUAAUAGCGAAUGGUACUCCAUGGAUCCAAAAAUUGCAAAGGACUUGUUACCUCUAUUGAUAAGAGGCGCUAAACCGGUUUAUCUUACCGCUGGAAAAGUGUUUCCUAUGACAAUGGCCACAUUUUGCAGUUUAGUAAAAACAUCAGCUGGUUAUAUAUCCGUUUUACAUACAACGAGAAAUAAAUGAAGGAUAUAAAUCUAAAUAUUUUUUAAUGUUACGCAAUUUUUAAUAGAAUACAUUAAUUUAAGGAUUGUAUAAGUGUUUAUAUUUUAAAUGCAAAUAAAAUUAUAAAUCUUAGCAUCGGA